AAUUGAACGUGAUUUCCAAACUUUACACCGUUUGUGUUUUUCUUUUUCCUUCGCUGUUAUUGUUAUUUGGAAAUCGUCUUUCGCUAAUCGUUGUGAUGCAAUAGAAAGUGUUGUUGGUUUUUAUUUAAUAAAUUCCGCAGGUGAAAGUGAAAAUUGCAGCUGUGAAAAAAUAAAACAAAUAUUUUUCUAUCAAAAGAGCAGAGAAAAUUGUGAAAUUGUUUUCAAAACUAAAGUGUGAAGUGUGGAAAAUCGAAAUGUAAUUGAAAUGGAGCAAUCGAAUAAAGUGAAAGAUCCAUAAAGUAAAGGAGUAUUUCAUUCAGGCAAUUAUAUAUUUGCCGGUUGCAUGACUUUUGUUCUCAACGUUCUUUACAGCAACGAUUGCCGACCUCGCCGCAACAACUGACAUUACUGCACUACCUAACCUAGAAAGAGCGAUCGGGCGUAACCAAAGCAAUGGUUGAGAGCGUAUGAACAAAUAUUAAAUUUCUGGUAUAAAAUAAUACAAGGCGCUCAAACAAGAUGCAGGGCUUAAUUCCAAAAUGGUCAAACAUUCGUGUGCUUCCCUUUCGUAUGACUACCUCGCAAAAGGUUGUUUUCUUCUCGCUAACGGCGGGCGUAGCUUUACUUGGUGUGCUCGCACGCUUUCUACGGCGUAGAAAACCACCGCGUCCGCCUCGUCGUACGCGCAAAUAUACCGGCCGUCGUACACGAAACAGUAUGCGCAGCCCUAACGAUAUGAUAUCUAUAGCCGGUUCUAAGGCAUCUGCACGUUCCGGCAGUCCACCCGGAUCUACGGUCGCCUAUUCAGACCGCAUGUCACUUGCCUCUGGAUCCAUAGGUGCUGGAGCACUUGUGUCUACUUCGCAAAGUCAGACAGGUGCUAUAGUUGUACACUUAACCGCACAACAGUUAGGUGUAAUGGGCAUGGAGGCUUUGGAUACAGUUAUAAAUUAUUGGGAAGAUGCUUUAGCUGCGCACAAUUCACCGGGUGGAGUGCCAGCAUUACUCACCACUGCAGAAGAGUCUGAAUUUUGUCGUGAAAUACAAAAUUUACUUGACAUGGCUUACACGCUGCAGGAACAAAGUGAAUUACUAUUCUUGGAUCAGCGUUCCGUGCUGUUUCGGGACGAACCGUCUAUAGAUGAGUUAGAAGAAGAUGGUCACACGCUAGAUGAUGGCACAGAGGACGACAAACGAUCACACAGAUCUGUUAUGAGUCGUACAGGUUCCGACCCAAAUUUCGAUUCGGCGGAAAGUUUUGCUUCGGCUUUAGACCAGGUUGCCGAUAUGCGCGAUUUCGAGGAAUUUGUAGACACAUCGUAUGAUCAAUAUCCACUAUACAAUGCAGCGUUAAAACAACACGACGAAACGCCUAUACCUUACCGCACUAUACGCACUGAUCUGGUGAACUGUUCCAGUGACACGGAAUAUUUGGUGAAAUUGCACUGCGUGCGUUUGGCAUUUCAAUACUUGUUCAAGGAUCCAGCAAUCGGACAAUGGGUCUGCGACACAGGACGUCAAAUACUUACCGACCUACUUUGUCUGGGCGAUAAGGACACCAAGGAAUUUCUCGUUGGUUACGAGGAUAUGAUCAAUUAUUUGCAAAAUCCAAAUAAUUGGGAUGAGAUACAAAAAGAGCUGGAGGCGCGUAGUGUUAAAGCUAUGACUUUUUACGAUAUUUGUUUGGACUUCAUUGUGUUGGACUCGUUUAGAGAUCUGGAUGCGCCACCCGCCAGUGUUACGGCGGUCGUACAAAAUCGUUUUCUCUCCAAUGGAUUCAAAGAAAUGGCGCUCAGCACUGCAGUUUGGUCUGUGCUAAAAGCCAAAAAACAUGGACUCAAGUAUACUAACGGAUUUAUGGCACAUUUUUAUGUCAUCUCCGAGCAGUUAUCACCACUCAUGGCCUGGGGUUUCUUUGGACCCGAUGAAAAUUUGCGCGACAUUUGCCAUUACUUCCGCGAUCAAAUGUUAGGAUUUCUAGCGGAUAUAUUUAGUUUUCAGGCUAGCCGUUAUACAACUGUCGAAGUGUUCGCCGAUGAUAUACUGCAACAUAUGAAGACGCGUGUUAAUAAUAUUGGUGUGAAGUUUAGUCAAUAGUUGCAUAACAACAGAUACAAGCAACAACAAAAACACAUACAAUUUGACGAUUUACAAAAUAAACUAAAUCAAAUAGAUUUGAAAGUACUUAGAAGUGAUUACAAAACUGUUUUGUUUAUCGGUUUAAGUAUAUUUUAGUUAAGACUUUAAUUUUAGCAUUGAACAAUUCAAAAUAUCAGCUACAAACGUUGUAGUGCAAGCGUGUUGAAAAUAUUUUUUUUUUUUUUAAUAUACUUACAUAUGUAGAUAUAUAUAUAGAAAUAUUUUGUUUUUGCAACGUAUAAUGUACAACCAAUUCCAUAAUGUUGUGAACAGCUUUUACUAUUCCAAUUGUCGGCGCGUGUACUUGCUCAAUUUAUGUAUAUGAAAUGUUUUUACGUGUGGGGUCUCUACCGCCAUUUUAGUGUGUUCCUCACCAUGGAAGCAAUGUACACGCGCUAGAUUUUCUUAUUUUCUUGUUAAUUUUUGUUUUGUAGGUUAUAAGAAGAAAUUUUUUAUAAAACGAAAUAUAAAUGAAAUGUGAAUUAAAUAAUUAUAUGAUGUAAGAGAUUGUUAUUAAAAAUUUAAAUGAAUAUUUCUUUAUUGAUAUAUAUAUAUUUUUUUUUAAUUUAGUACAAAAUGUAUAAAAAUUGUUACUAGGUCCACAAUAAGCCCUUAACAUAUAGAUGCCGUAAAUAUUUCAUAAUUAUUUACGGCCUACGCUGUAACGGUUGAGUGGAAGUUAUAUUUUCUUACAAACUACGUAGCCAAAUAAGCAAACACAACUACAUACAUACUCGUACACUUAGAGCCGUUUUCAUAAUGCCUGGCUAGCAACCAUCUGUUAGUGAAGUCAAGUAAGACUACUUCUUUCUGUUCUAACCAGACGUUGAGAAAAGGGUCCUUAAUCGUUAAAAAAACACCAAAAUUUCUUAAUAUGUACAAUAUGCUAUACUUUAAAAAAGAUAUUAAGAACAAAAAAGGAAAAACUUCUGGAAUUAUUGUUAACAAGUAGCAAAAGCAUUUAAACUCUUUAUAAUUAUUCUCUACACACAUUCGUUGUGAAAUUUUCUUUAUUUUAUAUACAAUAAAAUUACAUAUUAUAUCAGUAAUAUUUCAACUAAAA